AUGUCUAAAGCGACGGUGAAGAAGCUGCACUGGCGCUCGAAGGUGCAGGAGAGCUUCGUCCCACUGGGCGGCGGCUCCGGGGAGCUCGGUCUGGCCAUCGGGGGCGGGGCCGACUACGGAGAGUUCCCAUUUGUCACCGCGGCCCACGGGGGCGGGGCGACUGUGGGCGACAUCAUCCUGGAGAUCGGAGGGACGCCAGUAUUAGGGAUGACCCUCGGUGAUGUCAGAGGAGUCCUCAACUCCUGCCCUCAUCCAAUCAGGAUCAAGACCGUGUCGCCGGGCUCCUCCCUCUGUAAGGACCUCAGGUUGUACCUCAGUAAGUGUUUCACUCCGGGGUCCAUGGACAGUCAGCUGCAGCAGCUCAUCAGAGAGAACCUGUACCUGCGAGCUGUUCCCUGUACGACCCGGCAGCCGCGGGACGGGGAGAUCUCAGGUGUGGAUUAUAACUUUGUCUCCAUCGAGGAGUUUUUCUCCCUGGAGGAGUCUGGAGCGCUGCUGGAGAGCGGGAAGUUCAAAGGGAAUUACUACGGGACGCCGCGGCCGGUGCACAUCGGUCCGGAGAGCCCGCCCAUCACGUACCAGGAGCACCGGAACCUUCUGAGGAACUUCAGAACGAGGAGCAAAUCCCUGAGCAACCUGGAGAAAGCUGUGGAGGAGGGCGACAACAGUGAGGAGGACAGCGGCCUGUCGGCAGGUUCAGCCGGAGUCCCGCCCACCAUCCUGCCUCUCAGCCAAUCGUGGGAGUCGGCGGUGGGGAGUCGGGAAGGAUUGGAAAACGGAAUAGGAGGAGGAAGAGGGAGAGGAAGAGGGAGAGGAGUUGGGGGAGCGGGAGUGGGUCCGCUGCCUGACAACUGGGAGCUGGCGUUCAGUGAAUCAGGAGAGCCGUACUACAUCGAUCACAACUCAAAGACGACCAGCUGGCUGGAUCCUCGGACUCUGAACAAAGACACGUCUCCCUUCACAGAACUCCCGGAGUUCACGGAGCAGCCGAGCCAGCUGAAGGGUUACUCCAUCCACACCCGGCUGUCCAAAGGCCCUCGAGGCUUCGGCUUCAACAUCGUGGGAGGAAGUCGACCCAGAGAGUUCCUGCAGGUGUACAGCGUCACACCUGGGGGACCACCGGCACUAAACACAGCGGACAUCCUGGUGUACAUCAACGACAGCUGUGUGUUGGGCCGCUCUCAUAAGGAGGUGGUGGAGAUGCUGAAGGCGGUGCCGAUGGGUCAGAGCGUGGAUGUGGUGCUGAGGAGAGGAUACCCCAUGCUCUACAACCCCGACGGCUGUCCCAAACAGAGUCUGGAGACGCCGCAGACCCCCAGCGAGCCUUCGAACCCCCCCAACGUGAGGCUGACACACCUCACAUACAGUCGGACGCUUGACUCCAACGGCAGCACACCAGGACUGGGUCACACCCCGCCUUCCUACGUUCCUCAGCCAAUGACGAACGGUCUGACAGGCCCACCCACCCCGACUCUCUCCGACCCCCCACUGGGUCCACCCCCCCUUCCAGACAGGUUACCAGCCUCCAAUCACAGCGACUCUGAUGGCGGCAUGUCCAACGCUGGGACACGAAGUCGCAGGUCUUCUCUGAUUCGCUACAACAGCAGCACUCUCCCCGCCCUCUCGUCUUCCUCCCUCCUCCACCAUCAGAGCUCCAAGUCUUCAGAGAGCGACUUAUCGACGUCAACACUCCCCAUCUCCUCCUCCACACUCCCACUCUCCUCCUCGUCCUCCCACACUCUGUCCAAACUCCCCCUCUCUCAGCCAGAGUCGGGCCUCCUCCUCCCAAACUCCACCAGCCCCACCAACGGCAACAACCCCAACACCUCUUCCACACCUCCUGGAGUGCCGGUGCAACGCCCAGCGAUGCCUCAGACUUCCCUCGCCCUCACCCCCCCCAGAGACGUCCCAUCCUGCGGCUUCAACGGCUGUCCAGCCAAUCACCAAGCACCCUCUCCCAGCUCCAGAGGAAACCCGGGCUUGGUGCUCCCUCUCGGGGCAGGGUCCCCCGGGUCGGCUCACGGUGGAGAGCUCGUACCGGUGGCCCUCGGGCGCAGCGAAAGUGGAGGGAUUGGGUUCAGUGUGACGGCGGGGGGGCAGGGAGGUCAGCUGGCGGUAGUGAGGAGGGUCUGGGAUCGAAGGCACUGCCCCUCGCUGCAGGCAGGGGACGCCAUCGUGAAGAUCAACGGAGCAGAUGUGCAGAGCCUCAGCUUCUCCCAGGUCCAAAGAAUCCUGCAGGAACACACCAAACAGGGGGAGGUGGUGCUACUGGUCUACAGAGGAGGUCCCAUGACCUCGCCCGCCGUCACGCCAAAUCUCUACAAGACACUCCCCUCCCCACACAGCCUGGCCACUCCUUCCUCCUCCUACCCCCCAACUUCAGCCGACUUGCCUUCCCCAUCCACGGGUGCCUUGCUGGGGGGCGUCCCCCCACUCAGCCAGGCUGGCUUGGUCCUGGAGAGUCCUCAGGAGGGGCACCUAGCAGCCAUAGGAACCCACCAAGGGGCCCCUCCUGCGCAGACGCCUAACGGGCCCCAAGCAUCGGCCCUCAUCCAGAGCACCAGCUUCCUGGACUCAGUUCCUGUGACGCUAACCUUAGAGCCACGGGAUUUACCGGGCGUAGAGGAGAGUGCCGGUGGACCUCCCCCCACCAGAGGGGGAGGAGCAAUGGGAGCAAUAUCCAAGGAUGGAAGAGGAGGGGUAAAAGCGGUGGAGGUGGAGCUGAGGAGGAGGUCGGGCGAAGGAUUCGGAUUCGUCAUCGCCUCUCAGGAAGUGAACGGGGCCCCCUCCCUGAUGUCUCACCGGUUUGUGACGGUGCGUCGUGGCAGCCCGGCGGCUCGCAGCGGUCAGAUCCAGCCCGGGGAUCAGCUGGAUGCGGUGGAGGGCCGAGCGGUCGGAGGUCUGCAGCACCGAGACCUCGCCCAGAUCCUGAGGAGAGCCGGAAACACCCUGAGACUGAGCAUCACUCCCAGACACCACUCAUCCUCCAUGUCAGAGGGAGCCGACCUGGAUAUCGACAGCCGGGCGAUGAAGGGAUCAAGAGUGAGGCCGAAGGAGGAGUCCAGGUUCUACAGCGUGGAUCUGGAUCGGGGUCCUACAGGUUUUGGUUUCUCUCUGAGGGGGGGCAGCGAAUACAACAUGGGCCUGUAUGUACUGGGACUGAUGGAGGGGGGGCCGGCCCAACGCAGCAACAAGAUACAGGUGUCUGACCAGCUGGUGGAGAUUAAUGGAGACAGUACAUCAGGGAUGACCCACAGUCAGGCGGUGGAGCAGAUCCGGAGAGGAGGACAUCGCAUCCACCUCGUCCUCAAGAAAGGGAACGGAUACGUGCCCGACUACGGCCCUGAGGAAGGAGACCUCUCCCCCUCCUCCGCUGCACACACAGAGGAGCCAGAUGUGGAAACAGUAACCAUGAGAACCACCUCCCCAAGCCAGCAGAGGGGAGGAGGCGGUGGUACCGAAGGAGGAGAAGGAGGAGGAGAGAGGAGGAAGACGAGGAGAGAGGGAGAAACCAAACGAAGAACAGGAGGAAGAGGAGGAGGAGGAGGGUUAGUGCCUCCUGAUCUGGACCUAGACGUGGUGGAAGAAGAGGCAAGGAAGGACGAAAAGGGGGAGAGCAGUAAGGAGGAGGAGACGAGGAGAAAAAGUCAGACUGUCAGGCCGAAGGAGAAGCUGGAGAACCAGAGGGAGCAGGGGAAGAGGAGCAGGAGCUUACCCAGGAUCAGUGCUCAAUCCUGGGACAUGUUGGUGCCGCAGGACGUGGAGGAGUCUGCAGUAGAAGUGAAGGAGAGGAGGAAAAGAAGCGAGACAAAGAGCAGGAGGAAGGAGGCGUCGGUGGAGGAGAGGAGAGAGGACAGGACAACCCGCAACGCAAAGCAUUCUGGGAGCUCAGGUGCCCCGUUCUCCUUCCUCAUGCCGAUAGACGACGAGGAUGACGAGCGCCAGCGUCUGUCCGACAGCGAAUCAGCAACCACCUUUUCCGAGGUCAGCCAAUCAGCAGCCAGCAUCGCAUCACCUGCCGGGUUGAGGGAGGAGGAUUCUGAUUGGAGGAGGGCCCAGUCGGCGUGGCAACAAGGGCACACGCCGGGCCCCUGGCUGAAGCCGAGCCCAAAGACACUGACCAAGGUUCUGAUUGGCAGUCGGCUCGGUGGGCGGGAACUACUGGGCGGGCUCUCUCUCUGAUUGGCUCACAGCGAAGACGUUCUUCUUUCGCUGAUUAUUUUCCCCUUUUUUUCUAGGCUACUUAUAAGGGCUUUUUUGAUUGGCCUGCUGAGAGGAGAACCUCUCCUUGCAUCUUAUUGGAUGAUAGUACUUUUAUGAAUGGAUGAUGAAAGCAAACUAACAAAGACUUGUUUUCGAUUGGCUGGUGGGCGGGUUUCGAGGCCUCGGACGGGCCAAUGACAUAACAGCUGCACACACAGCCAUCAAAUUAACCAACGUUAUCUUUUAUUUUACCCAUCAUCCAUCAGUACAUCCUGAGACCUGUAUCACCAAGCGAAAUGAGCACAUUGACAGCUAACCAAUUAGACUACUGGAAAAAAGGAGUUGUAAUAACUUUAUUAAAAGAACAUAAUAAAUAUAGAUGUUUAUAUAGGUCUGUAGAAUCUGAUGACCAUGUCUACAAACAUGUUUUGAAUUUGGAAAGGAUGUACUCUCGCCUUAAAACGUGAUUAGCUGUAAUUAAGCUUAAUUACUUUUUUCCAGCUUUAUGAUACCAGCAAUAAGGAUCGCUGAGUUUGGGAAUGAGAUUAUACAGAGUGAGAUAAAGUGCUUGUGAUACAGGCCCUGCUCCUCACCUUCACCUUCAUCCUCCUCUCUCUCCUCCUCCUCCUCAUCGUCUCCUGAACUUUAAACUCGUAUGCAAACAACAUGAGAACCUUUACUGGAGGCGCUGUUCUGUGAUUCUGUGUAAUCUGAGCAUGUGAAUAUCACUGGAAUGAUUUUUUUAUUUUUAUAAAAGCUGAAUAUGUAAAGGCUCAAUGACAUUAUUACUAUUCUAAAAUAUUACUAUUAGUAGAGAUUAAAUAGACCAGAGACGAUCUGAUUUGCCUGCUUGCUUGUAAAAAAAAGAAAAACUUUGC